GCUAUUCACAGUUGUCCUCAAUGAGUAAUCUACAAAUACCCUAUACUGUUUGCACAUGUCCCUUGAAGUAGACACAAGAAAUACCCUAACAACAAUGGCAUCUUCUACCUUCAUUCACAUAUCUCUCUCUCUUUUUCUUUCUUAUCUUGCUUUCCAUUCAUCAAUGGUGGCUGCCAAAUCUGCUAACCAUCGCUUUGUUUCAUCAAGAACUAACAAUUCCCUCGAACAACACGCAACAAGACUGAUAAGAUCGCUCAACUUACUCCGAGAAGACGACCUAAACAUCAUCGACGAUAACUCUACAAGGCUUGUUGACAAACAGUUUGAGCUCCCUUUCCUUGACGCUUCUGACUCUUCUGUUAAGAAAAUCAGUCAUCAUGCUGGGUAUAUCAAGCUCCCCCGUGCUAAAGGUGCAAGGAUGUUCUACUUGUUCUUUAAAUCACGAUAUAACAAAAAUCACCCAGUUGUUCUAUGGCUGACUGGAGGGCCAGGAUGUAGUGGUGAGCUAGCCUUGUUUUACGAAAAUGGUCCUUUUCAUAUAACAAAAUCUCUCUCUCUUGUAUGGAAUGAAUAUGGUUGGGACAAGGUAUCAAAUAUCAUAUAUGUUGACCAACCUACAGGAACGGGUUUCAGUUAUACUACUGAUAAAAAUGAUGUAAGACACAAUGAAUUUGGCGUCAGCAAUGAUUUAUGUGACUUCUUGCAGAUGUUCUUUAAAAAGCACCACCAGUUUGCCAAAAAUAAUUUCUUCAUAACUGGAGAAUCUUAUGCUGGACACUAUAUUCCUGCUCUCGCUUCUCGGAUUCAUCAAGAAAAUAAAGAAAAUAAAGGAAUUCAUAUAAACCUCAAGGGAUUUGCUAUUGGUAACGGACUUACAAAUCCUGGAAUUCAAUACCCAGCAUACCCAGAUUUUGCUAGGAAUGUGGGUUUGAUUACAGAUUCUGAUCGUGAGCGUAUUGAGGCAAAGGUUCCUCAAUGCAAAUUGUCUAUAGAAGCCUGUGACACUGGUGGCGAAAAUGAUUGUCUUACUGCGCAGAAAGAUUGCGAAAUCAUAUUUCAGGAGAUCCUUAACAGUGCUAUUGAUGUAAAUUAUUACGACAUUAGAAUCAAAUGCAAAGCUUUCGAGUAUGCGUGUUAUGACUUCUCAAGGAUGAUGAAGUUUCUAAGGAAAAAAAUAGUAAUGGCCGCUCUUGGUGUUGCAAAACACAAAUUCUUCCCGUGCAGUUAUGUUGUAUAUAAAGCCAUGAGCGCGGACUGGAUGAAAAAUCUUGAAGUCGGAAUUCCUUCUCUGCUUGAAGAUGGAAUCAAGGUGCUUAUCUAUGUCGGAAAUAAAGAUCUCAUAUGCAAUUCACUUGGAAAUUCAAGAUGGGUUGAGGCAAUGAAAUGGUCUGGUCAGGAAAAUUAUGGGGUCACUCCGAUUAUUCCAUUUGUCGUUGGCAACGCAGACGCAGGAAAGCUGAAAAACUAUGGACCUCUCACUUUCCUCGAGAUUUAUGAAGCUGGUCACAUGGUUCCAAUGGAUCAACCAGAGGCUGCUUUAGUCAUGAUAGAACGCUGGACGAAAGGAGAACUUGUCGAUGGCUCGAAUUAA